AUGACCGGAGGUGCUGUCUGUGAAGGGCUUGCGUCCGGAUGUGCCUUCAUUCCACAGGAUUCCACCUUAACCCCCACCCGGGUCCUGUGAGAUCUGCCCCACUGAUCGCCUUUCAGAUCCGCCCUGAGCUUCAUUCAUCAGUGUGUGUGUGCGUGCGUGCGUGUGUGCGCGCUCCCGCAGAGAGACAGACGGACGCGCAGUGCGCACAACGAGUCGAGCGUGGAUUCGUGGGUUUGACGGGAUUCUUUCCGAUUGUCGUGUCGUGUCGUGGAUCAGACUCGCACUGAAGAUUUCCUUCAUCUGGAUGUUAUGUGCGAAGUUAUGCGCUUCACACGCUGAUCUGGGAUCAUUUUCCAGCGCCUUCAAGGACGUUUUCCUCAUGGACUGAUGGAUUUGACAUUAUGGGAGUCUGUCUGUGGGCUGUCAGAUGAACGUUGUGACGUCGUGUGGAGGUUCUGAUCGUGUCUCAUGGAUCAUCACGGUCAGCGUGGAGGGGGCGUCAGACAUGUGGACCUCUCGUCUGGGGCAGUUCUGUCCCUGGAUCAGAUCAGAGCCAUCCGCUCUUGUAACGAGUACACCGAGGGCCCGAGCGUGCCUCCGCGGAGCUCCGACAAACGGGAGAGGACUCACGAGGUGAUUGUGGUGAGCCUCAAUAAUAAUUCCCCGCGGCCGCCCGCUCUCAGCAGAUCCGUCAGCACGGGCAGCGCCGCCAGUUCCGGGAGCAACAGCAGCGUUUCCUCGGAGCGAGGCCUCCUCGCGCGCACACCGCGUGACCACGGACCGGAGCGAGCCGUGCGGACUCAACCCAAAUCCCUGCACCCCUUUCUGCCUCCGGACGCUCCACUUAAACAGACGAAGGUGGAGAAGAUCGACUCCGCCCACUUGUACAUCUGCGAGAAUUGUGGGAAAUGUAAAUGCGUGGAAUGCACAGCUCCCCGGCCGCUGCCCUCGCGGCUCGCCUGCGACGGACAGUUUCUGUGUUCGGCCGACAACCUGGUGGAACACGGAACGUGCAUGUGUCUGGUGAAGGGAAUGUUCUACCACUGUUCUAAUGAGGAUGACGCGGGCGACCCGUGUGCGGAUCGGCCCUGUUCCCUCUCUCACCCACAGUGCUGCUCGCGCUUCAUGUGCAUGGGCCUGGCGUCCGUGCUCUUCCCGUGUCUGCUCUGUUAUCUGCCCGCUAAAGGCUGCGUGAAGGCCUGUCACUUGUGUCACGAUCGCUUGAACAGACCCGGCUGCCGCUGUAAGAACUCCAACACGGUUUACUGCAAACUGCAGAGCUGGAACCACACGCCCGGACACGUGCCGGGAAAACCGUCCUGAGAACCAACUCCAGUCCCUGGAAAGAAAUGUUUUUUGUUUGCUCGCUCGCUGCUGCAGGCCUGACGGAGGAGGGGGAGGAGGAGGGGUGAUGCUCUCUAAGCUCCGCCCCCUCAUCUCUCUGCGGUGUGGAACAUGAAAACCACUUGUCUGUUUGUUUUUUCAGUUGAGUUUUUAGUGACUGCUGCUUUAGAAACAACCAAACCUGUGAAGGACUUUUUUAGGCAGACCAUAAUAUGAAGCUGUUAGCGGAUCUCUGUAGUGACGUGUGAUUAUUAAAGGACAGGUGUGUCUGUUUCUGCUCGACAAAAGGAAACCCGAGGCCAUUGCAUACAGCGCUGUGGCCGGCGUCUGAAGCUCUCCGUCUGCUCUCAGUUUCUUCAUGUUAAGAUGUUUCUUUCCAUUCAAAAGAGAAAUUACGGCUAUUUUUUAAAACAAAUGUGUCUUUUGUGGUUGUUGUUGUAAAAAUAUUUAUUAUAUGAUGUUCUAUUAUUUUAUGAUAUUUAUUGCUAAAAGACAGAUAACUCAUGUCUGAAUAUAACAAAUAUCAACACUUACUGCAGAAAAGAUGGAGACAUGUUUAACUUUAAUGCAAAAAUAUACAAAGUAAUGCAAAAGUGUCUUGUGUAGCG